AUGUCGCAACGAGUCUCUCAGAUUGCUGGCCAUCUUUCCGGCCCUGCCCCGCUUCUCAAGGGCCAGGUUGCCAUCAUCACUGGUGCCGGUCAGGGCAUCGGCGAGGCCACUGCAAAGCUGUUCGCUAGCCACGGCGCUCACGUUGUCGUCUCGGAUCUCGACGCUAAAAAGGCACAGGAUGUAGCCGCUCAGAUCACCAAGUCUGGCGGAAGUGCAAUCGCUCUGGCUGGCAACGUAAUGGACAAGGACUUUGGCGAGCGUGUGGUCAAGGCUGCUGUCGACAAAUGGGGCAAGCUCAACAUUAUUGUCAACAACGCUGGCUUCACCGCCGACAAGAUGGCGCACACUACCGAUGACGCUACCUUCCAGCUGAUGCUCGACUGUCACAUCACUGCUCCCUUCCGCAUCAUCCGCGCUGCAGCUCCUUACUUCCGCAUCAAGGACGAGAGCAAGCGCGAAAACAUGGCCAUCGUCAACGUAUCGUCCACCUCGGGCACCCACGGAAACGUCGGACAAGUCAACUACUCGGCCGCCAAGUCUGGUGUGCUCGGCUUGACUAAGACCAUGUGCAAGGAGUGGGGUCCGUUCGGCGUCCGUGUCAACUGCGUCGCUUUCGGCUGGAUCAACACGCGUCUCACACAGGCCAAGGAGGCCGGGGCUUCCAUCGAGAUUGACGGAAAGAAGAUCGCCCUUGGUAUCCCGGGCCGUCCCACCGGUGGCGACUCCAAGCAGCAGUCGGUCACUGCUGUCGCCGACAUUCCUCUCCGCAGACCAGGUGACGCUGAAGAGGCUGCCGCCUCGAUUCUCUUCCUUGCCAGCCCUCUCGCCUCUUACGUCUCUGGCCAGAUUCUCGAGGUAACUGGUGGUCGAGGUAUCUGA